AUGUAUUACAUUAUCUAUUUUUUAAUUCUAAUUAUUUCAUUAACAAAUGCUCAAUCAUCAACACAUUCAUUUUGUACUCAAUAUUAUCCUUAUGAUAGUCAACAACAACAUCAACAAUGUGAAUGUGAAGAUAUAUCACCAAAUGCAAUAUCAUUAAAAUGUACUGGUCAUUCAUAUGUUCCACAUUUUCUACCAAAUAUUCAUUAUAAAAGAAUUGAAAUCGAAUCUUGUUCACAAGAUUUACAAAUUGGAGAUAAAACAUUUGCUGAUUUAAACAUCAAUACAUUAUCAUUACGUUCUUGUAAUUUAAUUGGUUUAAACGAAGAAUCAUUUUCGAAAAUAAAUCAUUUAGAAAAAUUUGUUAUUGGAAAUUCAACAAUUAAUUCAUUAUCAACAUCAACAGGAAAUUUUCAAGACAUCUUCUUUUCCGAUUCAUUUAAAACAUUAAAAUCUUUAACAUUAAAAAAUGUACAUUAUCAUCAAAUACAUAAACAUGAUAAAAAAUUUAAUUUAGAAACAUUAUUCAAUCAAUUACCACAAUUGAAUCGUUUAGAAUUAAUGAAUAUUUAUUUAGAUAAUUAUCGUUAUCAUAAUAUAACAACAACAACAGUUGGUCAACAUUUAACAUAUCUAAAAUUAAUAAGUACACAUCAAACAAGUUUAUUACCAAUUGAAUAUUUAACAUCACUUGAAAGUCUUAUUUUAUAUCGUUUACCGGAAGUUUUUCGUACACAACCGUUAAUAUCAUCAAUAAAAAAAUUAAAAAAAUUAAAAUAUAUUGAUUUUACACAAAAUCAAUUAGUUAAUAUCGAUGAUUUACAAUCACAAACUAUUGAUCAAAUUGAUUUAUCAUCAAAUUUAAUUGAAACUAUUGAUGAAUAUACAUUUGAACAUGUACCGAAACUUCGUAUAUUAACAUUAACAAAAAAUCCGUUACAAUAUAUUGAUAAAAAUGCUUUUUGUGGAAUUGAAAAUCUUACACGUUUAUGGAUAAAUACGGAAAAACAAUUACAUAUAUCGCCAUUAGAUAAUUGUAUUCUAUUAAGUCAUCCAACUUUAGAUAUAAAACUAGAUGCUUAUACAAAAUUUCAAUGUAAUUGUCAAUUAGUAAAUAUAUUUCAUUUCAAACGUAGAUAUGCAAAAGAAAUUAAUCGUUUAUUUAAACCGGAACAAGCAUGUAUAGUUACAAAUAAUACAAUUAUAGAAGCUAAAAAUUCUCAACAAAUAAUGAAAUUUUUAAAUCAUCCAAUAAAUAUUUUUGAAUUAGAUAAUUUUUUAAAUUGUUCAUUAGAUAAUCAAUGUAGUCGUUUAUGUCAAGAAAGAAAAUUAAAACCAACAACAACAACAUUAUCAUCAAAUAAACUACAGAAAGCAAGUGGUAAUGUUCAAAAAAAAACUACAUCUUUAUCAACGUCUCUAUAUUCGUUUUUUUCAUAUACACUUUUUUUGUUGUUAUUCGCUAUUCUGUAUUUGUAA